AUGGCGAUCAGAGAAGAAACGGACAAGUUUAUCACGAUUCCAAAUGGAAAAAAAUCCUCGUUAGAUGCAGCUGGAUGCUUUUCCAGAUGGUGGAAUGAGAAGCUUUCUUCCCAAAAGCUGAUUUCGCGUGCGAUCAAAUCAUUCUAUUUUCACUUUUUAAUCAUUUUCUUAGUUGUGCUUGAUACCGCAUUAGUCGUCACAGAAAUUCUCUUAGAUUCCUUCAACAUUCAUUAUCAAUGUAAGCGGCAGGGACAUCGUUCACUAAUUCGUUUUGAGAAAAUCAAUGAAGAGCAUACUGAACUAGCCAUGGAAGUCGCACAUUAUCUCUCGAUUGGUAUUCUCGUGUUUUUCGUCGUCGAGUUAAUCGUUCGGAUUUUUGCCAGUGGAAAAGGAUUUUGGAAUAUUCGAAGGAGAAAAAUGGAAUACUUCGAUGCGUUCAUUGUUAUUACCUCGCUGGCCAUUGAUCUAACAUUUUUACAUGGUGAAGAGAGACUUGUUGGAAAAGACAAAGUUCUAGUAUUAGUGUUUCGUCUAUGGCGAUUGGUUCGAAUUAUUAGCAGCGUUGCCGAAGCUACUCUUCAACAAGAACAGAAACAUAAAGAUCGUUUGAAUCAGCAGUACCUCAGUGCUAUUCGACGAUCGGUUGAAUUGCUCGUACAUAAGACGAAUUAUGCUGAAAUGAAUGCGAAUAAGCAAGAUUUGAGCUCUUUAUUCGAAUAUUUCCGAAGUAUUGAUCAACAAUGCCAAUCUUCGCUCAAGACAUUGAGUCAGAAUCGUGAAUUAACGGCGUCAGCCGUUGUUCAACAAUUCCUCGAUGAGAUCGAUGGGCUCGAAAAUGAAAACUAUGAUGCUGGGUGUCUCAAAAAAUCGUUGUCAAAAGCCUCACACGAUGUUUAA